CUUCUCGCGGAGGGAGUUCCUGAGUCUCGCGAGAGGCGCUGUUCGCGCGCUCGGCAGUGGCUGCGGAGUGUGUGAGGAAAAUAUGUUAGAACAAGAAGAAAAUGGCUUAUUUGAAAUACCAGAUUAUGAACAUGUAGAAGAUGAAACUUUCCCCCCCUUCCCACCUCCAGCCUCUCCGGAGAGAGAUCCUGCAGAAGCUCAGCCUGAUGAAGAAUCAGGGAGUAGAGCACCAGUUCCUGUACCACCAAAGAGAACACUUAAAAGGAAUCUACCCAAGCUAGAUGCUACGAGAUUAACUUCUGAGAGAGGGCUUCCAGCCUUAAGGCAUGUGUUUGAUAAGACAAAAUUCAAGGGGAAAGGUCAUGAGGCUGAAGACUUGAAAAUGCUAAUCAGACACAUGGAGCACUGGGCACAUAGGCUAUUCCCCAAACUGCAAUUUGAAGAUUUUAUUGACAGAGUUGAAAACCUAGGAAAUAAAAAGGAGGUUCAGACCUGUUUAAAACGAAUUCGACUUGAUCUCCCUAUUAUACAUGAAGAUUUUGUUAGCAAUAAUGAUGAAGCUGAAGAAACGAAUGCCCUGGAUGCAACUGCUAUUGGAUUUGAUCCUUUUUUGACAAGCUCAUCAGACAGCAACAAGUUGGCAUCUGAAUCAAGUAGAAGCCUAACAGAAGAACAGCAACAGAGAAUUGAGAGAAAUAAACAGCUGGCCUUGGAAAGAAGGCAGGCAAAGCUACUGAGUAAUAGCCAGUCUCUAGAAAAUGAUGUGUUAAUGAAUACAUCCUGGGCACAGACAGUAGAAGACAACGGUACUGGUGAGGAUCAAGAAGAGUCAAAUGGAUUAAACACAGACAUUGCAGAUGGCUCACAUGAUGGUCCUUUUGCCAAUACAAAUGAAGAAGAACAGUUCAAAGUAGAGGAAAAACAGCUGGACCAUACUAACAUAGACUAAUACAGAAAUGUCCCAAGUAGCCAGAUUUCUACAAUAGAAUCCUGCAAGUUUGGGAUUAUUUGUAAAUCUUUCUAGUUUGUAUAAGUCUGAGUCAUAUGAUUUCAUAUGGAUUCCUGCUUAAAAUACAAUGUGUCUCCUAGCUAUUUUAA